AUGUUAAUUCAAGUACCAGAAGGCAGUUAUUAUAAAUAUGACCAACUGCCGCAGCAGCACGUGGUCGUGGAGUUAGAAGCAAGAGGUAGCAGCAGUAUCCUCGGCACAAUCGGAGAGACCAUCGCUAGAGAUACCAGGAACUGUCAACCAGCGGAACCAGAAGCAAGCGGUGGCAUUAGAUGCAGCAGCACCAGCAUUGGCACUAUCAGAAGUGACAAGAACAAUCCGAGCCAGAAGGUUUGGACCACUCAAGAACCAGUCGGCACCAGCAGCAGCAGUAGUAUCCCAGCACCAGAUGAGUUAAUCGAAAAACAGUACCCACCCGUCUUUUGUGAUGCCAGCAAAGCGGCGUUCUCAUGUGCUGCUUACUUUCGUGUAAAACUAGACGGUGAAAUACAGGUGGCAUUCAUCGGAUCCAAGACUAAGGUUGCUCCACUCAAAACGAUUUCGAUUCCCCGGCUCGAGCUGAAUGCCGCCGUGCUCGGAACUCGCUUUCUGGAAACUCUACAAAGCUAUCACAGUCUACCAGAGAUCUACGGAGAUUUCUCUGGAGCGAUUCGAGUACCGUCCGCUCGUGGAUUUGUUCUGAGCAUCGCCGAUCAAAUAGAGUGGAAAAGGAUCCUCACGAAGCUUAACGUCGCCGAUCAAGCAACAAAGUGGAAUAGUGGACCACGGCUUUCGACAGAGAAUCCUUGGUUUCGAGGACCAAAUUUUCUGUACGAAGAAGAAGUUUCAUGGCCAAUACAGCGUUUAGUUGCUCCGACUACAGAAGAGCUCCGCUCAGAUGCCAUCAUUUUGUGCCACCACACACCGCGGUUGGAUAUCCCAAUCGAUGUAUCCCGGUUCAAUUCGUGGACUAGGAUUCAACGAACAGUAGCAUUCGUGCUCCGCUACGUGGAUAACUGUCGUCGAAGGAAAAGACACGAGAGUCUGCAACUGGGAGUUCUCACUCAGGACGAACUGAAGCGAGCUGAAGAACUACUGUGGAAGGUCGCUCAAAAGGAGGUAUUCGCGGAAGAAUUGUCAAUUCUCGCUAAGUCACAGAGACCUCCAGAGAAACGACACUGUACAGUGUCCAGAUCCAGUUCUAUUUACAAGACAUGGCCAUUCAUGGACGAUCGUGGAAUCUUGAGGAUGCGUGGCAGAAUCGGUAUGGCUCCUUACAUACCAAAAGAAGCUAAAUUUCCCGCAAUCUUGCCGAGAAAUCACCCAAUAACAUUUCUGACAAUUGACUGGUAUCACCGUCGCUUUAACCAUGCAAAUCGGGAAACAGUCGUGAACGAGAUCCGUCAACGAUUUGAGAUUCCGAAGCUUAGAUCGAUAGUGGAGAAGAUUGCAAAGAAUUGUGUUCCGUGUCGUAUCUUCAAAGCUGCUCCGAAUCCUCCACCAAUGGCUUCUCUACCAGCGGUGCGUCUUACAUCCUUCGUCCGUCCUUUUUCAUUCGUUGGGCUCGACUACUUUGGACCGGUUUUCGUAAGAGUUGGUCGAAAUCUCGCAAAACGGUGGAUUGCACUGUUCACAUGCCUGACAGUUAGAGCAGUGCACAUGGAAGUGGUGCAUUCUCUCAGUACGGUAUCCUGUAUCAUGGUCGUUCGUCGUUUUGUGGCUCGCCGCGGACCCCGCGAGAAUUCUACUCGGACAACGUGA